ACGCAGCCGCCGUUCCCUUUCAAAACUGAUUCGCCACCAUGCCUGAUCCAGCGAAGUCCGCGCCUGCUGCCAAGAAGGGGUCGAAGAAGGCGGUGACCAAGACCCAGAAGAAGGGGGACAAGAAGCGCAGAAAGAGCCGCAAGGAGAGCUACUCCAUCUACGUCUACAAGGUGCUGAAGCAGGUGCACCCCGACACCGGCAUCUCCUCCAAGGCCAUGAGCAUCAUGAACUCCUUCGUGAAUGACAUCUUCGAGCGCAUCGCCGGGGAGGCCUCCCGCCUGGCGCACUACAACAAGCGCUCCACCAUCACCUCUCGCGAGAUCCAGACCGCCGUCCGCCUCCUGCUUCCCGGGGAGCUGGCCAAGCACGCCGUCUCCGAGGGCACCAAGGCCGUCACCAAGUACACCAGCUCCAAGUAGGGACCCCGUCCAUCCAAACGCUCCCUAAAUGAACCCAAAGGCUCUUUUCAGAGCCACCUAACUUUUCAAAAAAAGUUGCUCAGAUCACUCGUUCUCUUGAAAGGAUGCUAACACUUUCAUAUGCAAUGCUUUGUUUUCCACAAACAAGUACAAUGACCCAUAUUCAUAAUGGGAAACUAAUGUAUUAAGAUAACGGCGUCUUUUU